UCCAAAAACGCCGUGGUGGUGGGUUUCUCACGCGUGGAGGGCACGUGUACUAUAUAUUAUUGUCCUACCGAAAACUAUUUUACCGGUCACCAAAAAUAUUAUUUUUUAAUUUUUUAAACAAGUCCAAACAAAGUAUAGGGCUCAGACCCAAAAAAAAAAAAAAAACAAAGUAUAGGGCCGUUUUGCUUUGUACAGCGUGGCCAGUUUGCGACACGUGGACAACUACAAAAUGUCCCCUCCCUUAUCUCUUGCAAAAGCAUAUAAACGUUCUCGUGCUUUUUGCCCGUUCCGUUCUCCUUUGCAGCACAAUUAGAAUCCAGCAACACACACAUCCAACAACAAGCAACCACAGAAGAACGAGCGCGCGUGUAUGUCUGCAUUCUGGCCAACAACACCAGAUUGCUCAAAUCUUGCACCAUAGGCAACCUUAGGGCUUUUGGAAAUCUGAAUCUGCAAUCACAUUCCCAAUUCAUGACGUUUCGCUUUCUAUAAAUGGCGGCACCAUUUCCUGGCGGUGGAGGAGGAGGCGUGGCGGUAAUGGCUGGGCCUCUGACGCCGCUCGAUCCCUCGCCUUCCAAGACUUGCUUGAAGAAUUCGGCGCUCAAGUCUCCAAUUCUCAUCUUCUUGCUGUUUCACAAAGCUAUUCGCUCCGAGCUCGAUGGCCUCCACCAAGCCGCCAUGGCCUUCGCCACCAGCCAAGCCUCUUCCGCCGACAUCGAGCCCUUGUUAGAGCGCUACCACUUCCUUCGCGCUAUUUAUAAGCACCACUGCAAUGCCGAGGACGAGGUCAUAUUUCCAGCUCUAGAUAUACGCGUGAAGAAUGUAGCUCGAACUUAUUCUCUUGAACACGAGGGAGAGAGUGUUCUUUUUGAUCAAUUGUUUGAGCUUCUAAAUUCCAAUAUGCAAAAUGAGGAGAGCUACCGGAGAGAGUUGGCUUCUUGCACUGGAGCCCUUCAAACAUCAAUUAGCCAGCAUAUGUCCAAGGAAGAGGAACAGGUCUUCCCGUUGCUUAUUGAGAAGUUUACAUUUGAAGAACAAGCUUCCUUGGUGUGGCAGUUUCUGUGCAGUAUUCCUGUUAACAUGAUGGCAGAAUUUCUUCCGUGGCUCUCUUCUUCCAUAUCAUCUGAUGAACAUCAGGAUAUGCGCAAGUACUUGAGCAAGGUGAUACCAGAAGAGAAGCUUCUGCAGCAGGUUUAUGAUACGAAGGUUGUAUUUGCCUGGAUGGAAGGCGCAAAAGUUUCUGAGUCCAAAAAUAAUUCCAACGGCCAAUUUCAAGAUUCUGCAAAGAAGGGGCAGUGUGCAUGUCAAUCUUCCAAGACUUGUAAAAGGAAGCGCGUGGAGAUAAAAUCUGAUAAUUCCAGUACUAUUGUUUCAAAUCCUAUAGAUGAAAUACUUCUUUGGCACAAUGCUAUAAAAAGAGAGUUAAAUGACAUAGUUGAGGCAUCUAGGAGGAUACAACUUUCUGGGGAUUUUUCUGACUUGUCUGCAUUCAACAAGAGGUUACAAUUCAUUGCAGAAGUUUGUAUUUUCCAUAGCAUUGCUGAGGACAAAGUUAUAUUCCCUGCUCUAGAUGCAGAACUCACUUUUGCUCAGGAGCAUGCAGAAGAAGAAAUUCAAUUUGACAAGCUUAGGCACCUCAUGGAAAGCAUUCAGAGGGCAGGAGCUAACUCAUCUACUUCUGAAUUUUAUAUGAAGUUGUGCUCUCAUGCUGAUCAGAUAAUAGAUAGCAUACUGAAGCAUUUCCAGAAUGAGGAACUUCAGGUUCUUCCACUUGCUCGUAAGCAUUUUAGCUCCAAAAUACAGCGAAAACUUCUGUAUCAAAGCUUAUGUCUGAUGCCCUUGAAGUUGAUUGAGUGUGUCCUGCCAUGGCUCGUAGGAUCACUUAGUGAAGAGCAAGCAAGUUCCUUUCUUCAAAAUAUUCGUAUAGCAGCUCCAGCAUCAGAUUCAGCACUGGUUACUCUUUUUUCUGGAUGGGCAUGCAAAGGUCGUUCUGCGAACAUGUGUUUGUCUUCAUGCAUUCAAACAGAUGGAGCAGAUGAUAAUCAAAGGCCAGUGAAGAGUGUAAGCUUGAUAUCAGAAGCUGCUGCUUGCCAGGCUAUGGAAAGUGUAAAUACCCUUCAAAGUUCUUGUGGUAACCAGACAUGCUGUGUCCCAGGGUUAGGAGUAAAUGACAGUAAUUUAGGAGUGGGUUCUCUUACUGCAGCAAAAUCUCUGCGCGCCUUAUCUUUUAAUCCUUCUGCUCCUUCGCUCAACUCCAGUCUUUUUAACUGGGAAACAGAUGCCAGCUUUACUGACACCAAUAGUGCACCACGACCCAUUGAUAACAUAUUUAAGUUCCAUAAAGCUAUACGUAAAGACUUGGAGUAUUUGGAUGUUGAAUCUGGAAAGCUUAAUGAUUGUAAUGAGACUUUUAUUAGGCAUUUUACUGGUAGAUUUCGGUUGUUGUGGGGUCUAUACAGAGCUCAUAGUAAUGCAGAGGAUGAUAUUGUAUUUCCAGCAUUAGAAUCAAAAGAGACUCUUCAUAACGUCAGCCAUGCUUACACUCUGGAUCACAAGCAGGAAGAGAAACUGUUUGAGGAUAUUUCUUCUGUUCUUUCUGAGCUUUCACAACUUAGUGAAUUCAUAAGCACUGGAAAUUUUUCUGAUGAUUCAACUCAAAGCGGCUUUAACUCUUUCGAGCAUAAUGAUACUCUGAGGAAGUACAAUGAGCUAGCCACAAAGCUUCAGGGCAUGUGCAAAUCCAUUAGAGUGACACUGGAUCAACAUGUUUUCCGCGAAGAACUUGAACUGUGGCCAUUGUUUGAUAAGCAUUUUUCCGUGGAAGAACAAGAUAAAAUUGUGGGUAGAAUAAUUGGUACUACAGGUGCAGAGGUUCUUCAAUCAAUGUUGCCGUGGGUAACUGAUGUUCUUACUCAGGAAGAGCAAAAUAAAUUAAUGGACACAUGGAAGCAGGCAACCAAAAAUACGAUGUUCAGUGAGUGGCUUAAUGAAUGGUGGGAUGGAACUCCUGCUGCAUCUUCACAUACAGAAACACUGGAAAAUUGCAGUUCUCUAGUUUCAGGUGCCGAUGCCUAUGAAAGCUUGGGGCACAGUGAUGACACAUUUAAACCUGGAUGGAAAGAUAUAUUUAGGAUGAAUCAGAAUGAGCUUGAAUCAGAAAUAAGAAAAGUUUCUCGGGAUUCAACUCUUGAUCCUAGAAGAAAAGCAUAUCUUAUUCAAAAUCUAAUGACCAGUCGCUGGAUAGCUUCUCAGCAGAAGUCACCUCAAGCAUCUGCAGUCGAAGGUUCAAAUGGUGAAGAUUUGCUUGGAUGUUCACCGUCAUUUUGUGAUUCACAGAAACAAGUGUUUGGAUGUGAGCAUUACAAAAGAAAUUGCAAAGUCCGUGCUGCGUGCUGUGGCAAGUUAUUUACAUGUAGGUUCUGCCAUGAUAACGUGAGCGACCAUUCAAUGGAUCGGAAGGCUACAUCUGAGAUGAUGUGCAUGCGCUGCUUGAAAAUACAGCCCGUGGGACCAGUCUGCACAACACCUUCAUGUGGUGGCUUCUCGAUGGCAAAUUACUAUUGUAGUAUUUGCAAGUUUUUUGAUGAUGAAAGGACAGUUUAUCAUUGUCCUUCCUGCAAUUUAUGUCGUGUUGGGAAGGGACUUGGUAUCGACUUCUUUCAUUGCAUGACGUGCAAUUGUUGCCUGGGGAUGAAGUUACUGGAUCACAAAUGUAGGGAGAAGGGUCUAGAAAUAAACUGCCCCAUCUGCUGUGACUUUUUGUUCACAUCAAGUGCAACUGUGAGAGCUCUUCCUUGUGGCCAUUACAUGCAUUCGGCUUGCUUCCAGGCAUACACUUGCAGUCACUACGUCUGCCCAAUCUGUAGCAAAUCUUUGGGAGAUAUGGCGGUUUACUUUGGCAUGCUUGAUGCACUACUGGCUUCAGAGGAACUACCAGAAGAAUACAGGGAUCGGUGUCAGGACAUACUGUGCAACGACUGUAAUAAGAAGGGAACGGCACCCUUCCAUUGGCUGUACCAUAAGUGCGGGUCUUGUGGAUCCUAUAACACCAAGGUCAUCAGAGUUGAUUCCAACACCCACUGCUUGACAUAAGACAACCGACUGAGGGCCAUAUGGACUUGCCAUGCUUUAGUUUCGUCUCGUGUGUAAAUAGACUUCCGUGGAGCUGGAGGCAUUACCACAACCUUCACACGGCUUUAUAAAUUACAUGCACUACUAUAUAGCUAAGCUGCCAAAUUCAGUUUUCCCAAUGUUCUAUCUUCCCACAUUUUUAUGUGUCUUUUGUUAAUUGCCGAUCAUCAUGCAUGAUAGGGAUGGUCGACAAAUUGAAGAAAACGAUGAGAACAUGUAGAAAAAAGUUGUAUUAUUAUAGAUGAUCCCUUCCCCUCGCUCCCAUGAAAUUUCUUUAAAGAGAGAACUGAAGAAUGAGAAAGGUUGGAAUACUUUCAUCGGGGUCACGUUGUAUCAACAAUCUGGAGUGUAUAUAGCGAUGUCGCCAGAUAUUACAACCAUGUGUUACUUUCUU